AUGGUGGCGUGGUUAAAUCCCCGUAUGUUAUAUAACCGACUGAUUCAUGAUGAUGAUGUCAGUGCUUCUUUUUCACCAGGUGCGUACGGCACGGUGUAUUUGGCCCGUGACCGCAACAACGUAGACAGGGCGGUGGCACUGAAGAAAAUACGAAUAACCCUACACGAAGACAUCGGCGUCCCCGUGAACGCCGUGCGGGAGAUCGCUCUCCUGAAGCAGCUCGAACGAUUCGAACAUCCGAAUAUUGUCAGAUUACUGGACAUCUGCCAAGGGCGCGUGGAAAUCGGUCCCCGCCUGGAACGUGAACAACGACUGAACCUUGUUUUGGUUUUCGAAUACGUCGAUCAGGACCUCGACCACUACUUGAAACGAUGCCCGUCCCCGGGGCUCGAACCCGCGAGAAUAAAGAGCCUGAUGCAUCAGAUAUUGUGCGGCGUCGACUUCCUUCACAGCAACCGUGUCAUCCAUCGCGAUCUCAAGCCGCAAAAUAUUCUCGUCGACCGCGCUGGAAGGGUUAAAAUCGCCGACUUCGGCUUGGCGCGUAUAUACGACUUCAAUAUGAGGCUGACUACGCAGGUUGUGACGUUAUGGUAUAGGGCGCCAGAAAUUUUAUUAAGCAACACGUACGCGACACCCAGCGACUUAUGGUCUUGUGGAUGUAUUUUUGCCGAAUUAUUCAGACGGGUACCUAUAUUUAAAGGAAACACGGAAGGGGACCAGUUGCAACGGAUAUUUGAUGUAAUUGGCACCCCGCACGAAAGUGAUUGGCCAAGAGACGUGUCCCUCUGCCGAAGUAACUUCAGGCACCUCCCUGCCCGUCAAGUCAGAGAUAUAGUUCCAGAAAUUACUGACGAUGCAGCGGAUUUACUUCAGAAAAUGCUGAAAUUUGUACCGAGUCAUAGAAUUUCUGCCGUCGAAGCUCUUCGACAUACUUAUUUCCGUGGCUUGAAUACUCCUCGAGUAACGGCUACCAGUAAUCGCUCAACACCUACACAACAAGUUCUCAGUCCAGCUCCUCUAGCAACGAGUAGUCCAACAAACCUUCAUCUCCAACGUCACAUUGCUACCAGCACUGCCAGCACAGUUAAUGUUACUGCUGCAAAUACCUCAGAACAUGCAACCUUGCCCUCUCAGGUAACUGGCAACGAUGAGAAUAACCCAAAUGCAGGAAACAGUGCCAAUACCAAUCCUGUGGUAUCCAUGAUACCAGAACCAAAGGUUGCAGAACGUGCCAUCACCGUUGCUGAUGCUUCAUCAACGGAUACCUCAGUUACCAGCACAACAGUGACAGCAUCUAGUGGUGGCAUUCAUCCUCCCCCUGGGAACAGCUCAAACACUGUGUAACGUCAUUUGGAAAAAGAAAUCCGUUUAAUUAUUUAUAUAUAGAAAUAUAUAUCUAUAUUAUAUAUAUCAAUUUACCUUGUUUUUUAUUUUGUUGACGCUUUUUGCCUUUAUUCUUGGGCAAAUUUCAUGUCUUCUCACAUUUUAUUGGUUCAAUAAUUUCGUUUUUUAUUAUUUUGCGUUAUUCAGAGUACAGUAGUUGGCAUGUACUUCUACAAGAUCCAUGAAUUGAAAAUGUAUUGUGCUGGUUUGAAGAUUAAAAUACCUUGAGACUAAAUUAACUAUAAUCUUUAAACCCAGUGACUAUUAUGAAUGAAUCAUGAUUUGACUUACUGAUGUUACAAGGAGUAACUUAUGUGAAGGGUACUUGAAGUGUAAGACAUUAUCCCACCUGCAGUGCCUCACUUUCCAGGAUUCUCCUGGAAAGUUGUACUAUUUAUCCUAAUUGUAGGAGUCGUGCUCCAUAAUGUGUUAGUAGAAAGUUCCUUUACCUUGUGUGUUUCUUAUUUUAUUGAAGUGAAUUUUUGAAUUCAUGAAACACAUUCCCAUUGACAUUCCGAUACACAAUUUUUGCUGCUGAAAAUUUUCAAGAUACUGUUGUGCUGAAAAGAGUGUUGUUGCAUUUGUUGGAAAUUGGACAGUACGUGUACAAGUUUGUGAGUGAUUAAUUGUGAAGUUAAUGGAUGCACUGUUUUUAUAUGAAAUGAAAACUUCUACAGUGAAAUUGAUUAAACAAAAUUGUGCGAUUUACUGUAUGUUACAGUAUAACCAUUUUUUAGGAGCACAAAUAUUGAAUAAUUGAGUAGAAUUUGGUAUUUAUUGGUACUUACAUUUUCUAUUGUAAAUAUUUCUCUGAUGUCAACCAGUUUAGUGUUGCUAUCAAGUAAAGUUGGUUUCUAAUGGUUUGCAUAAAUGAUGGUAGAUUGUGGGUUUGUGUACUUUUAUUUUGUUAUUUUUUUUUUUGUAGGAUGUUGAUUGUGCAUGCAUUUUAUAAUUGUGUAAAUGGUAAAACUUGCGCCACAAAUUUUGUAAUGUAACAAAAUAACCCUUCUGAUGAACUCUCUUCAAUUCUUUUUAAGUUGAUUAUUGCUGGAGUACAGGUACAGCUUUUUAAAAAUGCUCCUGUAAGCCAAUUCCUUUUAAUGUAAGAAAUGGAUCUGUAAGUGACUUGGAUUCACCGUAAUUCUUGUGAAUUUACUGUAGUUCUCACUGCCCAUUGUAGUGACUAAUUUUGCAUGAAUUGAUAUGGAAAUAGUUUGGCUCUUGGUAGUUUCAGGCUGUGUCGAAAAUUAUUGAUUGUGCUUGGUAAUUUCUGCAUUGUCAUAUUCAGUCUUUAUUUCCUUGGCAACAUAUGCCAUUAAUUGUCGUAAAACUAACAAUUAAUCACAUUUCUUCAUUAGCAUAAGUUUUAAUUGGAUGAAAUGUCAACAUACUUUGUUAUAUAGUAUAUCCAGGUCCUCUUUUGGUGAAAACAAGGUAACAGUAUGAUGCAUUGAACAGCUUUUUUAAAAAAUAAUUUGAGUUUCUAUACAUAUUCUUAGGAAAUUUCAUUUUAGGUCUGUGUUGUAUAUCUGAAGAGACAGAAAAAGAAAUGGGAAACAAAGAAUUUUAGUAAUUUUUUACUUGUCGUUUUCAUAUACUACUUUUGUUAGGAAUGCAUUACAAUUUAUUUUAAUUCCAUAUCUCCUUGCAUUAUGCUGUGUAGCAUUUUUGUUGAAUCACUUGUCACAGCAGAAGUCUGUUCCUUCAGUCAUUAUUCACUAAGUGCAAGUCAGAUUCAGUUUAUAAACUAGUAAAAUACGAGCUUCCUCUAGCUGGCUUAGCUUUGUUAGCUGGGUGAAGUUGGUGUUGUACUGUACUUAUUUAUGAAGUCACCUGUGUGUAGGGUUAUUUAUCCCCCAUUUUCUAUAUGGUAAGAUUGUUGUGGAGUAACUGAUCCAUAUGAAAAGAAGCAAACUAUAAAGACAGACUCUGACAUUUUGGAUUAAUGCUCUUACCCAGAAGGGAAACAAUUAGGUAUCUGAAAUUGUCACGAGCUUCAGCAUGUAGCAUUUAAUUAUCCUAGUUUAUUAUCACAGCUUUUGCAAAAUGUUAUUCACUCACAUUAGUCACUCUUUUAGUUGGUGUAUUAGUCAUUAAUAGAUGGUUUCAUUAUCACUGAACUAAUAUGUGUACAUAAAACAGCUGUGUGGGGAAUGAUAAUUCCUGUUUGUGCUAGUUAAUUGGUUUGUUGUUGUAGAAUUUCCAUUGGGACUUUUUAUUUUUAUUUAUUAGAAUAUUUUAAUUUAUAUUUUAGUUACAAGAAUUCCACUGCCUAAAUGUCACGUAUUAUAUGAAUUUAUAAGUUAAACCUUUUUCUUUCCUAAUCGUUUGUUUCCUUGAAAUAUUUAUGCAUUUUGUUUUAACACUGUAAAUGGCAGUUAUCAAAAGUCACAAGGUUUUGUUAAUUUACUUUUAUAAGUGUUUGUGGGUAUACAGUAUUGUGAAUUUCAGGAUAAAUCACCUUGUGAAAUAUGUGCUACAGUAUAUGUACUGCAGCCCUUUUUUAUUGUAGCUAAAUGAUCAAUCCAUGCUUCUUUUUAUUGCUAUUCUCAACAGGAAUUUUGUCAUACUUAGUGUAAUUUGGUAGUUGCUGGAUAUCUAAUUAUAGGUAUGUAAAGAACUGCAACUAACAUGUACAAAAUGGUGCCACGAAGUUUACUAAAAACUAAAAAGCAUAGCAACAACUUAGCACAGUAUUUAUUACAAUAAGUUACAGAAAGGUAGACUUUUGUACCUUUCAUUCACUGAUGCAAGAUCUCUGUCAAAGAAGGUUCAUGAUUACAGUUGGCAACACUAGCUAAAAAGUGACCGUAUUGUGCAUCAGAUACUGAAAUUACUAAACAAACAAAAAAAAAGAAAAAACAUAAAUUUGGUUGAAGACAUCUUCAGGUUUCAGUAUAACAGAAAUGCCUCAAAGCAACUCGUUGGACAUUUCCAAUAUAUAAAUUGCUGAAAAUGAGGUUCUAUAUUCAAGUUGAAUGUCGUAAAAGCCCCAUUGUUGAAGCAUGGAGGCUUAUUCUUUAAUUAUACUUUGGAUUACUUGCAGUCUUCUAUUUUUGUUUGCCUUACUUCAAGUUCAGCAUUAUAUUCUUCUGGUAAUGGUUUAAGGUCAAAAUUUAAUAUCUAAAUUGAGUGUACAGUGGGUUUGAAUAUCCUUGUAUACCAUUUGAUGAAAAAGGCAGAGAAAGGAUGGCUGUAACAUGACUAUUGUAAACCCCCCAACCUGGUAAAGCGCUCCAUGUCUGAACUCAAGGUUCUUGAUUCUGCUCUGAUGUAGAGGAAGCAAAAUCUGGAGCACAGCAGAAUAAACAAUUGUUGUUAUUGGUGGCAUUUGUGCUGGAACUGUGUCAAUUAGAUUGCAAUACACUUACAAUGCAUAAUGACCAUAUUUCAAUCUUUCUGUGAUUAUUUAAUGUAGGUAUUAAGUUUUUUAAAACUAUUUAUUGGAUGUAAGUGCUGAGUAUAAUUAUUGGAUAUUGCCAGAAGUCAACGUAUUUUGCACACUUUGAUGGGCUCAGGAGUGCCACAGAUGCGUAUUUUAUUUAUACUUUUUUUCUCUAGUAAUAAAUACUCUCCCAGAA